AUGAGGAAUCUACAAUUCUUAGCACAGUCAUUAUUAGUCAACCUCUUCUUAUUUUCAAACUGUGUCUUUGCAGUUUUAAUAGACAAGGCAUUCACCUCAACUGAGUCAAUAAAUUAUCUUUAUCAAACUCCAGUUUAUGAUUUACACAUUUUGAGCAAUGAGAUACUAGUAGCCAAGAAUGCGGCUCAGCAAUGGAUUGGAAUAGAUGUCUUGAGAAGCAAUCAAAUCCAGUGGAAGUUGAAUCUGGAUGUGACUAAAGAUUAUCAACUUUUAUUUACUAAUGAUAAGAUACUUGGAUGGAAGAUCAAUGAGCCAGAAAUUCUUGAGAUUGAUGCCACUGGAGGUGUCAGAUUUAUUGACACUGAGGCUGGCGUGGGCCAUUUGUAUGAAUGCGAUUAUGGUGGAGUGUUUGUGUUGUCUAGCGAAAGGUCGUUGAUAUACAUUGACGAAAAUGGAAUUCAUCACGAUAUUCACUCAAAUGUCGCAAACUUUGUUGUUGAUUGCCAUGAUGGAUAUAUUUACCUCAUCAUCGAUAGCACUUUGCUAGUCAAAUUGUCCACCAAGGGUGAAAAGGUGUUUGAGAAGGAAGUCUCGUUGGGUUCCAUUCGAGAAUUCAAAUCAGGUAUAGCGAUAACUCAAAAUGAUCAAAUAUUCAAACUUGGUCAUCGUUCGAAAUCAUUCAAAAGAAUUGAUAAUGACGAGUAUAGUAAUUUGGCUGUGAUUGACGCCAGUUAUUUGUAUUCACAAUCUUCGCAAGAUAUAAAAUUGAUCAAUAUCGACAAAAGGGCCAAGCAAGUAUACGGAAUCAAAACUACAUCAUUGGUACAACAUUACUCCACCACAUUGCAGCAUCUAUUGAUUAUCAGUGAUGAGAACACUCGUCAAGUGUAUGACCUAACUGACUUUUUGUACACACAUGAGACAAAGAGUAUCAAGAAAUUCAAAUUUAAAUUGGAUGAAAACUAUCCUUAUCAAUUGAUAUCAACCACUCCAAAUUUCCAAUUAGGUUAUGUUGCCCUUGAUGAGAACCUUAAUGGAGAGGUUUUCAGUUUGUUUGACGGUAAUAAAAUCAAGACAAUCAAACCAGCAAAUCCACAAUAUUCAGCUGAUAAAGGAGUCUAUAUCAUAAUUGACGCUCCUGAGUCAGACAAGGUUAAAUCUGAAGUUUACAACCUUGCCAAGGAGUCUAAUAAUGGGUUGGCUUUUACCAAUUGGUUUCAUCGUGUCAUUAGACAUUUGAAUGAAUUGGGUAGAUAUGUUGUUGAUUAUAAGCGUUGGUUUGAUUCUGAGGAUACUUCAAUGGAUGUUUUCAACAAACUAAUUGUUUUUUAUGAUUCACAACAGCAUAAAGUAAUUGCUACAAAUUCUUACAAUGGUAAAAUUGUUUGGGAAUCAUCCCCAUUGGGUCUUGAAAGUGAGUUUAUUAUUUUGAAACAACUCAAUACACAGGAAGGCGAAGGUGAUAUUGUUGUUGUGUUUUCUACUGAGAUUUACAAAAUUUAUUCUCAUAAUGGAUCAAUAGCACAAGUUAAAGUCAACGAUGAAGGCUAUACUGAUCUUGUUCCAGUUGAUACAUUUUGUGCAUUUGAGAAUGGUCAUAAAUUCGUUAUACCUCAUGCAAACCCAAGUGGUGAAGAUUUGUACUUUGCUAAAACGGUCAAUAAUAAUGAAAUUAAUGGACAUGUUAUUCUUCCUGGAUUUUUGGAAUCAAUUCCAACAUGGACUUACAACUUUAAUGAACCCAUUGUGGCACAAGCACGUAUAAAUCAAGACUCAAGAGUGUCAACUAUCGGCGUACCUAAAACUGACAAGUCAGUCUUGUACAAGUAUCUCAACCGAAACUUGAUUGCCGUGUUGACUUUAGAAGACCAAUUGAAACUCCAUCUUCUUGAUGGUAUUUCUGGUGAAUUAUUGUUUCAACAAGUUCACAAUAAAUCAGAAGUUAUUGAUCCUCAAUCGAUCAACUUGAUUAUUGAUGAUAAUUGGAUCAUUUAUACAUAUUUCACAAAACAGCCACGGUUAGAACAAAGAAUCAAUGUAAUUGACUUGUUCAUGAGUGAUAAAAUCAAUAAUGGAAGAAUCGGUCAAAUAUUCACCGAGUCAUUUAUAUACCCUGAACGUAUCUUGGAUUUGUCUUCAACUCAAUCGAAAUAUGGCAUCACUUUGAAAUCAAUAAUUGCAUUUACAGAAUCGGGUAAUCUUGUCGAAAUACCAAAAUUCAUUUUAAAUUCAAGACGUCCGCAACAUCAAAUGAAACCAACUGAAUAUCAAGACGAUUUCAGAUUGACUCCAUAUGACCCAAUCAUUCCCAAGAAUAAUUUUCAAACAAUCAAUCACAAGUAUCAACUCUUUGCAUCAAACAAUAAGGAUGAAAGUGCUUCGAUAUUGGUUAAACCAACUGAUUUUGAAAGCACGGUGGUUGUAUGUUUUGUCAAUAAUCAAGUCCGAUAUUGCUCAUUGGUUCAACCUAGUUUAUCAUUUGAUUUAUUGAAUGCCAAAUUUGAAAAGUUGAAAUUGGUGGCGACUAUCAUUGUGUUGUUUGUGGUGUUUAUUGUUACGAAACCUUACGUUGCAAACAAGAAAUUGAAAUCGCAAUGGUUGGAUUAUAAGAAAAAGUGA